AUGAUGGACAUCACAAACAAGUCCAGUAUAUCAGUGCAGAAUGAGAAGCAUCAGAGCACCAUCAAGAUCAUUCUGCUCGUCACUCAGCGCCAUAACAUGGCAUCCAAAAACCUCAGCUACCCACCGGAGAAGGCCGCCGUCAUCAACAAGCUUUCUCAAGCCAUCAAAGCGUUCGACACCAGCGUUCCCGCCUCUUUCCAGGAGCAUCGCCGCUACCUGUACCUGCUUGAGCGCCUCAGAAACGAGAUAACCGACCAGGUUAAUGAAUGGAAGGGACAAAACCCUAAUGCUCCACCCUACAAGACCUUCAGGCUUGGGGUUGACGCCGAGUUAGACAUACCGGUUGAUCCUUACCAGGAGACACCACCUCCGAAGGCGGAACUCUGGACGCCGAACCAAACUUGCCCAGAAUGCGGGAAGCCUAGAUAG